AUGUCGAAGAUCUUCCUAUUUCUGACAUUAUUAUGCACCUGUGCAUUCGCAUCGGUGCUGAAAAACACGAAGCAGCAAAAGCGGGGUGUUAUCAGUAACGACGGAUGGAUCGGUUUCUCGAGUUCUUAUGGACAACCAUGGUCAAUCGAGCGUAAUUCUUGGAAAGGACUUAAAUUUCCCGAGAUUAAUCUGCACGCAGGGUCACAUCUAGCAAGUGCGUCUAAUGAUAGAAGUGGCAUCGCCUUAACACCCGGAAAUGUGAAAACUGUACCAGUGUAUUUAACGAAGCACGUAGUGCUGGAGAAGCCGGUGCCAGUUCCGGAACCGGUAAUCAUAGAGAAACCAUAUCAUGUGCCAGUACCGAUCGAGAAGAUUGUUCAUAAACCAGUCCCGAUUCCCGUCCCAGUACCUCAGGCGGUGCCGAUCCCCGUGGAGCGUCCAGUGCCAAUUCCAGUGAAGCAGUCGAUCGCGGUACCCGUGCAGCAGCCGUAUCCAGUUCCAGUAAAGCAUCCGGUACCCGUGCCGGUUCCGGUGCCGAUCCCGGUUCCGGUACAGCCGUUACCACCCUCAUCGCUUCCGCUGCAUUUGUUACCACCCUCGCCGCUUCCACUGCAAUCGUUACCGCCCCCAUUACUUCCGCUGACCCCGUUCAGCGAUCAUCCUGGUGCCAUCUAUGCGCACGACUACGCAUCCGAUCAUCUUCACGUCCAUCCGUCGUCGGUCGCCGUGCAAUUGGACCAUGGCGUCCAUGGCAUCGCUCCCCUUGCUCAUGGCAUCAACCAUGGGAUUGGUCAUGUACUGGAACACGGUUAUGGCCAUGGUUACGACUACCACGAUGUUCAUGCUGAUCGUCUCGUCCAUGGGCACGAUCACAAAAAGAGGAAGACUGACAGGAACUGACUCGAGCAG